GUGUUUAUGUUGAGAGAGAAAGAGGGUAAGAGUAUCCCAAUAACUUUCAAGGUGGUAGGAGGUAGGAGCUGCUUGGUUGAAUUCUGCCGUGGCCGUGCGCUUGCCUAUAUACUGUAAAUCGUGGAGUUUCAUUUUGACACCGUAGCUUGCAAAAGUCGGCACAGUGCAGCGGACCUCAUGCACAAUUAUGUCAUCUGGAAAAGAUAGAGACGGCGCCUUUGGAAAACCCUGAAUGUCGUCGGCGAUGGACAAACAAAAAGAUCAUCUCUCUCCAGUGCUGAACCGGCUAGUCUCAGACCUGCAGUCCUUUCUGCUGGUCCUGGACAGUGAAAACCUCAGCUACAUCGCUCAGGCUCAGAAGAAGUCCAUUUCGGAUUUGCUCACCAAGCUACAGGAUGCCCCUGUGGAAGAUGCAGAAUACAUGAUCAUGAACUGUCCAUCUGGAGCAGCUAACAGCGAUCUCAGGGAAAAUCGGUCAUCAGACACAGGUGGCCUCCCGGCCAAGGCUGACCUCAACCACGUCCAAGAGCCGUCGUCCACCGCCUCGGCUGAGUGGCUGCUGAAGGGGAGCCUGGCCCCUGUGGUAGCUCCUGAGCCCUCGGAGGAUGAGGACUGCUAUGAAGAGGCAGAACCCUUUGUCCCACCCAGCCAGCCCUCAGAUGUGGUGGACUCAGACAGCAGUCACUACGAGUCAUACGGUGAGGAGGAGGAGGAGGACGACUUUGUGAAGGACCGGGCUCACUACAUCCAGUGGACUGCCUCCCAGCCCUGUCUACGGCCAGUCCCCGAGUCACGCAUAUGUGGCUACCUCUGGAGGAAGAAGUGGCUGGGCCAGUGGACCAAGCAGCUCUUCAUCAUCCGCAACCACCUCCUCCUGUGCUACAAGUGUGCCAAGGACCUAAACCCACUGCUUGAGCUGAGCCUGAAGGGCUGCCAUGUGGUCUACAAGUCAAAGCACAGCAAGAAGAUGCAGCACGAACUGAAGGUGGUGGCCAGCUCAGACACAGUGGUCAUGGGCUUCCAGAGCUGCCAGCAGGCCGAGGAGUGGCGGAAGAUAAUUGAAGAGGUAAGCGGCUCCUCCUACUAUGAGAAGGAAUCCCACAGCUCCUCAUCAUUGCUCAAGUGUGACAGGCAGGACUCUUGCAGGUCAAGUACAAUCCUUCAUUCAGACUCAGAUGAAGACAAGCUGUCGGGUCUGCCCUCAGCCGUCAGUAGUGUAGAAAUUAAAGAUAAGGGUCUCCUGAACGUGCUGAUGAACUGCCAGUGGCAGAGUCUGUGGUGCCAGGUGGAGGAUGGGGUGCUGAAGAUGUUCCGGGACGAGGUGUGUGAGGAGAGCCCCCAGUACAGCGUGCAGCUGAGGGGCUGUGAGGUGCGGCCCGGCCCCAUCACUGCCCAGGCCUACCGUAUCACGGUCACGCAACACGGAGACCAGCUGGCAGUGCUGGAGGCCAGCUGUUCAGAUGAGAAAGAGCGCUGGGUCCAGCUCCUGCAGGAUGGGAGCACCAGUCAGGCUGAUGCUCUGUAUGAGCGCCUGGACACCACACUGGACACUCGCACUGAAGGAGGGCUCAGUGGUCUAAUGGCACGCAGGUUCCCAACCUCCAACAUGUACAUAGAUGACCCAUUUCACCAGCUAUGUGGAGCAAGCCAUUCCCAGCCCAUCUACUCCAACUCUUCCAUUAUGGAUGACAUGUUCCAGAAGUCUCAAAAUACUUCCAAGGGAGAUUCUGUAAUUUCCAAAGAAAUCUACUGCAACAACGAAGUCUUUUCCAACCACAGCAGGAAACCGACGGGUGACUCUGAACGUGGGGUUGAGAAGCUGGACCUGACCGGAAAGAGGAGGGUACAGCUGAGAGCUGGGUCUGAGAUGAAUCUGGUGACAGUAGGGAAGCCAGCUAAGCGCACCUCCUUCAGGCAGUCUCUGGCUUUCUGCACAGAGAGAGCACAGGGAGGGUUCCUGACUCCCCUGCUGCGGAGGACGGCCUCUGCAAAAAACUCCCUGAAACGAGCGCCAUCUGCCCUCUUCAUUGAGAAGGGCAAGGUCUUCCAGAAGAGGAAGGUAUGAGGAAUGGGAGACGAAGACUUCUGCUUAAGACUGGACAGCCAGUUACCUACACCUUGUACACAUUCCCUUACUUGUAUAAGUAUAUAUUGCACUGAAUAUAUUAUUACUGUGCAUGUGGAUCAUGCACUUGUUUUUUUAUUUUGAUCUUUUUUGAUACUUUUGUAUUAAUUAAGAACACCUGAAUAUGUUUUUGACUUAUGUUUUCCUCUUUAGUUCAUUCUUUGUAAUAUAAAAUAUGCUAUCCUUUCUGAUGGGAAGCGACCUCCCCUAUGAACGAUGCACUCCCUCUCCAUUACAACUACUAAUAUUUGCAAGGCUAUAUCCUUCCUUUCAUCACGAUGUUAAUAUAAUUUGUGCUGUGCUGUGAAAACUAAACACAGAACUGACAAAUUGUGGCUGAGACAUUCUUUUUGGUGCAGUUAUUUUCCUGUUUUUUCUAAUGUUUUCUGUGAGUUGUGAGGUUGCAACAGUCAGUUGCAACCUGCAUUAGCCUCUUCAUUUUCAGGCCAAGACAUAGCUAUCAUGCACUGUUCCUUUCACUAAACUGCACCUGCAGCAACCAACCCACUGUACUGAAAUAAAAUAUGAAUUGAUGGGAAAUGACUUAUCAGGUGCCAUUUCACAUUUCAUAUGUGAAUCGUCUUUAUUUGUCCCCUGAAAUAAAGUCCUAUCAUUAAAAGAUGGUGUGUCAUGGAACAAUAUUGAGUGUGUCAGUCAAUGUCUGUUCUCUGCUUAUGAAAGGGCUGCUUCCAUAAACAAGUCAUUCAAAUACUUUAUUAAUAUUCAGGUUUCCCUUGAGACUAGCCUGUGGUAUACUGAUAUAAUAUCAAAUCAGUCUUCAUUUAUGAAAGAUGCAUUGAUAAGUGUGGCUGACCUGACACGGCCAAGAGCAUUAAACAUAAUUAUGGCUCUGUCAAUAGGCAUAAUGACAACGUGUGUAUUUUUUCAAUAAACAAAUGUUGGAUAAGGUCA